UAUGAAUCUGGCGUUACCUCUGCAGAGCAGACGUGCUGUGUGACGUGGCAGAAUGGGCGGAAGGGGUUGUUUGUGUUUUGGUUCGAGUAAAGGGGAAGUUGCGAGAAGAAAGAAAAAGGAGGAGACGUGAUCGGGGUUGUUGAAAUUAUUCGUAUGUUCAACAAUACGUAUCUGUCCGCACUGCGACCUUUAUUUUGUGUAUAGACUCUUGUGUGGUAUUCUGUGUUCGUAAACCGCCUGGCUCUCAGGUAUAGUAAGCGAAAUGGUGUGAGAAGUUGUACAUUUCAGCUCGUUAGUUGUCAUUAGGCUAGCUUAGCUAGCUUGAAAUGCUAACAUUGACGUCUGGUGAGAAAUGAAAAAAAUAGGCCGUGGCCCCGACUUGGGAAGAGCCCUAACAUCGGUUUUGUCAUUUCAUCGUUCCGACUCAAACCGUGUUCAUGAUGUUAUUUAUUGGUUGUGUUGAUCAUGUGUGGAUAUGGGUUCGUCAUCUGAUUCUGCUUGCUAGUUAGCUUAUUGAAAAUGUAGUUAGCCAGCCAGCUCCAUCAUCACAUUCGCAAUCUGACAUGUUUUUCUAACGUUAGCUUCCACCCAGUCACCUAGCUAGCUGCUUAACAAUACGGUCAGUAAUCAGGGAGUAGGUAGGUAGCACACGUUAGCAAUUCAGAUUUUGAUGUAGAUAGUUAGCUGGCUAGUUACCUGGCUUGCUAAUAACCUAGCUAGCAAGCUAACGUUAAUUGGGUUAGCAUUUGCGUCUAUUUGGAAAAUGGCGUGCUCUCAAUUUCCUAGCUAGCUACUCUAGCUUCGAAAAUAAAGCGAAGAGUAGCUCACGUUAGCUAUGCUAAUUUAGUACAUUGUUGGAAGUUUGAACAAUCCAUGCUAGCACUGCAGAGAUUCAUAACAGUGCUGGUUGAGUCACUUCCCACCUCGAAAGCAACAGCCAGUACAGGCCGUUGGCAUUGCUGUUAGCCUAUUGCGCAUGUUUACUUUAUACUUUUUUGCUAUUAUAUUCGCUAGAUGUAGGCAAACAUAUUUACAUUGGAAGGCACUCUUUAAACAACACUGCAACGCCUUGCCCGUAGGCUUGAAUGCGAUUGUAAAUAUUUGUCAGUCCUUGCUCAGUAGUGUUUUCCUCUAUGGCAAAUUGUGUGUGUUUUGGAAAGGUUGAGGGGUACAAUUUCAGCUCCGAGAGAGGAUGUUACUUUGUGUACCGACAGUUUGCAUGGUUUUGACUGUAAAUGCAUAUGGGAAGUCCAGAUCAGAGCCAUAUUAUUCAGUAUUUUUAUAUAUUUCCAAAGUCUACAGAUUAGGCACACCCAACUCUCUGUCAGUUGCAAUGUAUGGUGUAUUUGAACAAGGAAAAUAUAUUUUAGUGAGCUUACAUAUCCAGCCAUCUCUGUGGUACCAUGCACUCUGAGAUUGUACAGGGCUGAGUCAUAGUCAAUACACAAAAUGGGUGAAAACAGUUUAAAACAGGGAUAUACGAUCUGCUUGUCCAAUAAGAAACGCUUGUAUUCGUUUUCCGUUGCACAGUCUUUUGCUAUGGUGUGCCCUUAUUAAUAUGCCCCAGCAGUACAGCCAGGUUUGACUGGCACCAGCCAUAUUUAUUUGUUUUCAGGGCAGUCUGACACUCUCAAUGGUCUUCAGUAGACAGAGGAGCAUCUAUUCAGAGGACGGAGAGAAAGACCGUGUCCAGUUCAUUGUGUAGCUCAUUCAUUCCAUCCCAACACUUCACCAUAUAUUUUAGAGCUAAGUUGAUCUCCUCUUUAUCAGGAGAGUCUGGACACGGAUAUCAAGGUUUCUUCCUUUUUCUCUUUCGAGAAGCAUGUCCACUUCCAUACUGUCACCUUGACUCACUUAUGGAGGAUAUAGGCCAGGGUUAAAUUACAUGUGUCAAAACAACUUCAUGAAAACAUCCUUAUCUCUACUUUAAAACCCUCUUAUCUUUACCACACCUGACAUAACCCUAGCUAAAAACAUCAUCAGAGUCACGUGAAUAAUUUUUCAUUUUUUCCUCCUCUCUACCGCCGCCUCCAGCUGAAGCCCUGACAGCGUAGUCAGACGUGCGGGACAGACACUGACCGGGGGAUCUGACUAGGCCAUGGCCAACAGGGGAGGAGCUACAAGACCCAACGGGUCUAACGCUGGUAACAAGAUCUGCCAGUUCAAGCUAGUGCUUCUGGGGGAGUCGGCGGUGGGCAAGUCCAGCCUGGUGCUCCGCUUCGUCAAGGGCCAGUUCCACGAGUUCCAGGAGAGCACCAUAGGAGGUGACCAUCACUCAUUUAUGCACUUAGGCCGGGAACAGAAAAUGAUCUCUAGCCUCUUCUGCAAGUCCCUAUCCCUUCAGUGUUAUAAGAUCUGAAAGAACCGGUUAUGGAAGGAACCUCAGACUUGCAGACAAUGGAGCAAUAGGGACUAUGGGUUGUUGUUGGGUGUGGGCUGUAGUUAUCUAUUUAUCCCUUCAUUCAUAUUGUUGAAUGUGUUUAGUGAGGUGUCCUGCUCUAAUGCUUUUUAAAGUUCACGUCAAUUAUGUAUUUGACAACUCUCGCUCUUCUCUCCUCCCCAGCGGCCUUCCUGACCCAGACAGUGUGUCUAGAUGACACGACGGUGAAGUUUGAGAUCUGGGACACGGCUGGACAGGAGCGCUACCACAGCCUGGCGCCCAUGUACUACAGAGGGGCGCAGGCCGCCAUUGUGGUCUACGACAUCACAAAUGAGGCAAGUAGCAUCAUUACUUGCCCUUAUGGUCAGAAUCAAUUAUCCUUCGUCAAAAUGAUAAUUGAUCUCACAUGUUUGGAUAUGUGGUCAAACUUGGGAUCUCUUCACGCUGGAUUAUUCACAUAUGUUGGAAAUUGGCCUAGGGCUCCGUUCCAUUGAAGAAAAGGAAUUCCAAAUCGAAAGUGAAGUGUUUUUAACAUCACCAUUUCUAUAAUAUGACUCUUGUCUCCAGGAGUCAUUUGCGCGGGCCAGGAACUGGGUGAAGGAGCUGCAGAGACAAGCCAGCCCCAACAUUGUCAUCGCUCUGUCAGGCAACAAGGCUGACCUAGCCAGCAAGAGAGCCGUGGACUUCCAGGUGAGCCCUCCAAACACCUGUACCUGUCUGGUGUCACCAGAACACACCAGUGUGGUGUGUGUCUGCGUUUGACAGGCAGUGACUGUCUCUGACAUGGUUGUUUUUCCCAGGAUGCCCAGUCAUAUGCAGACGACAACAGCUUGCUCUUCAUGGAGACGUCGGCCAAGACGUCUAUGAAUGUGAACGAGAUAUUCAUGGCUAUUGGUAGGUUCCUCUCACCCCGUGACACGCAUCACUUACUGAUAUGUAAUUGAAUAGGGCCGUGCACACUGAAAUACUCUAAUACAUACUUAGACAAGUAUCAAGAAAAUGUGAACUAGCAGGAUGUUUUAAUCCAGCGCUCCUCACCAGUAACUGGCUUUUUAUGUUUUUUGUUUGUUUUUCUUCCGCCCCCCAGCGAAAAGAUUGCCCAAGAGCGAGCCCGCGGCCGCCAGCGUUAACAGCGGGCGUAACAGGGGCGUCGACCUAACGGAAGCCGCCCAGCCAACCAAGGCCCCCUGCUGCAGUACCUAAAGCGAAGCCCCCCCCCACCCACCCCCACACUGCAGUAACUAAUGUGAUGUCCAACCCCCCCCCCCCCACCCCCCCACACUGCAGUAACUAAUGUGAUGU